GACCCACUUAACUUCUUUUGUGCCGUGCCCCUCCAAACCAAACCAAACCGAACCAAUCCCAAAACAUUUUCAAUUUACAACAAUUUUCUCCCUCAACUUUUCGCAACUGUGCCCAUAUCGCCCUUCUUUGCGACGACAACAUAGCGCAUACCACCAAUAACCCAUCAAGCGCUUAGAUAUACAUACGGAUAUUCAAUAUGGCAGAGUACGAUCUCCUGCCGAAAUUAAUCGGCCACCUCGACCGUCAUCUCGUCUUCCCCCUCCUAGAAUUCGCAGCAGGCCAACUCCCCGAAGAUGCUGACGAUGCCUCCGUCUUGGCUAUUACAAAAGCCAAGUACGAACUACUCAAGACAACCAACAUGACAGACUUCGUCGGAAACUUAAAGGCAGAGCUUGAGGGACUAGAGGAAGCCCCUGCCGAAUUCAACGACAAGAGACAAAAGGUUAUCUCGCGCCUGGAACAAUUCGAGGAGAGCACUAGCAAGCUAGUCGAUCUACUUGGUCGCGAAGAUGUUGUCGGCAACCUACGAAGCGACAAGGUUGCUAACCUCGAGUUUCUUAAGAAGGAACACGACGUGACGAUCGAAAUGGUCAACGCACUCUACGACUUCGGAAAUUUCCAAUAUAGCUGCGGAAACUACGCCGCCGCUGCCGACCUCCUAUACCAGUUCCGUGUGUUGUCUACCGAUAACGACAAGGUCGCCGCCGCGACAUGGGGAAAAUUCGCGUCCGAGAUUCUCACUACGAACUGGGAAGGUAGCGUGGAGGAGCUUCAAAAGGUCAAGGAGAACAUCGACACAAAGCUUUUCAACAACCCCCUGGCCCAACUAAGCCAACGUACUUGGCUUAUCCACUGGGCCCUAUUUCCCCUUUUCAACGACGACCGCACUCGCGACGGCCUAUUAGACUUAUUCUUCAGCCCGGCUUAUAUCAACACCAUACAGACUAGCUGUCCCUGGAUUCUGCGAUAUCUAACCGCUGCCGUCAUCACUGGUCGAAACCGAGCUAGGAACUCUGGUCAAUACCAAAAGCAACUAAAGGAUAUCAUCCGCAUAGUGAAGCAGGAGGCGUAUGAGUACACCGAUCCCGUAACCGAUUUCGUCCGAGCACUCUACAUCGACUUUGACUUCGAGGAAGCUCAACGUCAACUUUCUCUUGCCGAAGAGAUUCUGCGGUCCGACUUCUUCCUUUUCUCCGCCGCUGAUCUUUUCGUCGAUGCCGCACGACACCUGAUCUCAGAGAGUUACUGCAAGAUCCAUGCCCGAAUCGAUAUCAAGGAUCUAAGCGCACGGUUAGGUCUAGGUGAUGAUGAGGGUGAGAAGUGGAUCGUCAACCUAAUCCGUGAUACAAGGGUAGACGCCAAGAUUGACUACAAAGAGGGUACCGUUGUUAUGAACCACCCUCCCAGUUCCGUCUACCAACAAGUCAUCGAAAGAACUAAGGGUGGUUUCUUCCGAACCCAAGUACUCAGCGCAGCGGUUGCGCGUUAAGAGCGGAAGUAGUUACACAUGAUUCUUAUAAUGGAUACCCGUUAAGUGGACAUGAUAAUGCGCGCGGUAUUGGAACCAAAAUAAGCAAGGCAGGCAGAGACCCGUGGUAUUGUUAUCCACGGCAUGCAUCAACGGCGUUUAGGGGGGUUCUGGUUCAGCCAACUGCGGUAGAUCUGUAAGGUAGCAUGGAUUUGCAAAAUCGAUUCUUUCAAGUUUGAUUCUCUUUUUACGAUGUGCUCUAGACUGUGAAACCCCCUCGAACUCUUAAUAAGCCAUCGUUGCAAGGCAUCUCAACUCACCUUCAACAACACAACGCAUCGACAUAACUAUAGACAUAUAUACAUAUCACCC